AAUGGCAUUAAAACGCAAUCAGCUUUGGAGGAGCACAGCUAUUAUAGCCGAAGGAAAUUUGUUAGUUUAUAAAAACAGAGUUCAAGCUCAAAAUGUCCGCCGAUCAAGUUUGUUUAUAUUUGUGCCUGAUCUGUGCACUGAACUGGACAUUUGCCAUCGCUGAUACGCCCGUCCGGCAAUGUGCCAAUACAAACAAUCCGCUGCCACUGAUGGUGCAAAUAGAUGAUUGCGAUGAGCUACCCUGUGAUUUGCUGAAGGGUCUGGAGUCCAACAUAGCCAUACAGUUUGUAGCCACACGAAAUUCCAUGCAUCAGCUGACGGCGCGGGUGCACCUGACCUCACUGGGCGUGACCAUACCCUUUGAACUGGAGGCGCAGCGCAGCAAUGUGUGCAAAAAUUUGCUGCAUGGCGCCUACUGUCCACUGGACGCUGGGGAGGAUGUCACCUAUCGCCUCCUACUCCCAGUCGCCAGCAAUCAGCCGGAGGUGCCCACCCGGCUGCAGGUUUCGCUCCACGAUGCGGAACAAUCGGAUCAGGUGGUCGCCUGUUUUCUGGCCGACACGCGCGUACGCAAGCCCUAGAAACUUUAUAUAGACUAAGUUUUUUUGUUUUAUUGUUAAUCUUUGUGUUUAUCAAACAUUGUAUCAAUGUGUGUUAUUGUUGGUCUCGGGGCACUUGUUUGUGCCAAUUAAUAGGAACUAAGCUGCUA